GGCUGGUUCUAUUUCCUCCUCACAUUCCUGGCUCUUGGGAUACAAAAUCUUAUCGAUAGGAACCCUGCUGAAGCCAGACGAAGAAGAGAGAGAUGAGGAAGGAGAGCUUGGCCUUGUUGGCGACCCUCGUGCUGCUGCUGCCAACCGCGGAAUCCAACCUCAGCAGGGAUGACUUCCCUCCGGGCUUCAUCUUUGGAGCAGGAACUUCGGCUUACCAGGUGGAGGGUGCUGCUGCUGAGGAUGGUAGGACUCCAAGUAUAUGGGAUACGUAUACUCGUGCAGGGGGAAUGCUGGACAAUAGCACAGGAGAUGUGACUUCCGAUCAAUACCACAAAUAUAAGGAAGACGUGAAGCUAAUGGUUGAUACAGGACUCGACUCCUACAGAUUCUCCAUCUCUUGGUCGAGGCUUCUACCGAAUGGAAGAGGAGCCAUUAAUCCGAAAGGCUUGGCUUACUACAACAAUCUCAUCGAUGAGCUACUGAGAUAUGGAAUAACGCCACAUGUGACAAUCUAUCAUUAUGAUCUUCCACAAGUACUUGAAGACGAGUACGAAGGAUGGCUGAGCCAUAAAAUUGUGGAGGACUUCACAGCAUUCGCCGAUGUCUGCUUCAGAGAAUUCGGCGAUAGGGUGUCUCAGUGGACCACCAUCGUCGAACCUAACGUUAUAGCGAUAGGGUCAUUCGACAGUGCAAUAUUUCCACCCAGCCGAUGUUCUAAUCCUUUCGGCUUAUUCAAUUGCACCGUCGGUGACUCCACCACCGAGCCAUAUACUGCAGCUCACAACUUCUUAUUGGCGCAUGCAUCUGUUGUCUCAUUGUACAGAACAAAGUAUCAAGCCAAACAAAAUGGGAGGAUAGGCUUGAAUGUGUACUCCAUGUGGUGUUAUCCAUCGACGAACUCAACAUUAGACUUGCAAGCAACCCAAAGAUUAUUGGACUUCUUCGUCGGCUGGAUCAUAAAUCCCCUGGUUUUUGGAGACUACCCAAAGGUCAUGAAGAAGAUUGUCCGCUCGAGGCUCCCUUCCUUCACGGAGGAGCAAUCGGAGCAACUAAAGGGUUCAUUCGACUUCAUCGGCCUGAAUCAUUAUUCAUCGAUCUGGGUCAAGGACAACUCCGAUGCCUCCGAGACUGCACCUCGUGAUUUCAACGCAGAUCUCUUUGCCAAAUUCGCAAUUUCAAAGAACGAAACACCAGGCAGUCAGUUAGUCCCUACUGACAUACCCUUCGAUCCUGCUGGCCUGCAACAUCUGUUGGAGUACAUCAGAGACGCUUAUGGAAAUCCUCCGGUUUAUAUCGAAGAAAAUGGUUAUGGGCUUGGAUUAAACAACACAAUCUCCGACGUCAAGAGGGCGAACUACUUGAGUGGUUACAUUGGCAGCACGCUCGAUGGUAUUAGGAAGGGAGCCAAUGUGAAAGGAUACUACGUGUGGUCAUUUCUAGAUGUCUUCGAGUUCUUGUCUGGGUUUCAGUCACCAUUCGGACUAUACCAUGUGGAUUUCAAAGAUGAAAACCGCAGAAGACAACCUAAGCUCUCUGCACUUUGGUACUCCGACUUCCUCAAGAAGAAGAAGAAGAAGAAGACUAGCACGAAUAUAAACAUGAUGGGACUGCACCAAAGAUCUCACUCUCAACGGUGACUCAUGUGAUGGUUAUCCUGUUGCUUUGGAUAAAGAGUGAAGUCGCAUCAUGGUUUCCUACAAUGUUCUCUCUUCGUCAUCGUCUUCGUCUCAUCUCCUCACAUAUCUUCAUUUGCUUACUAUAUAUGCUGCUUCGUGUCAUCCUCUCUAUUGUUACUUCUUCUUAUUUAUUUCGUUCUAUCAGUGUUGAAACUUUGAAUA